GGCAGAUGCUGUGCAGUGUUGAAGAACUGAACUGUUCAUAAAGAUGAAUCACAAAGUAAACGUUAUGGUUUCUCUCCUUUGUGCAUACAGCACUUUUUUUAAUGUAAAUGUAAAUGCCGGGCAAUCGAGAAAUGUUCCAGAUGCCAUUGAACAGACAGAGAAUAUAAUUAAGAGCCUAAACAUGCAUAUAAACAAUAUGGUAAGUGAUUUGUCAUUUUAUUUAACACACACUCAUUCUUCAAAUACUUUAAUAAUAAAUAAUGAUUUAUUUGUGUUAUUUAUUUACAGAAAUUGCCAUAUUUCUUUGCUGUCCCCCCCAAAAUUGAGGUAAUACAUUAUUAUUGAGCUUUUUGUUGUUUUGUUGUGCAAAGUGAAGCUUACAUCAACAUUGCAUUUUCUAUUCCAAACCAUGCUACUUUUAUAUUAGGUAAUUGAUAACACUAAUAGGAUUUGCAGUUUGUUUUAGAGAUGCUUUAUCUUUAUAUAGAAGAUCAUUAAAAUACAUAAAAAUCGCUAUGUAUCUGCAGUUUUGACAAUUACAAUGCUGUCUGUUAGAUGUUCCACUUUUAAAGGGAGCACUGCCAAAGCAUAGAGCAUUUCAGUGCGUUAGGUGUGAAGAGAGUGUCCUAUUCAGUGGCGUACAUACCAGGGUCGCAGGGGUCACGGCUGCGACCGGGCCCGGCCCACCAAGGGGCCCGGCCGCCCCUGCGACUCGGUAUGUAGCCACAGGGCCAGCCUAUUCCCCUGGGGGGCCCAGGAGCCGGCCACCUCAGGGCCCCCCCGAGCCUGGCCCUGCUGACCCCAGCGGGCAGGUGGCCGGUCGGGCAGGCGGGCGCGCGAGCGCGCGAGGGAGCACUCAGUGCUUCCUCUUCAGCUCCAAACCAUGCUACUUUUAUAUUAGGUAAUUGAUAACACUAAUAGGAUUUGCAGUUUGUUUUAGAGAUGCUUUAUCUUUGUAUAGAAGAUCAUUAAAAUACAUAAAAAUCGCUAUGUAUCUGCAGUUUUGACAAUUACAAUGCUGUCUGUUAGAUGUUCCACUUUUAAAGGGAGCACUGCCAAAGCAUAGAGCAUUUCAGUGCGUUAGGUGUGAAGAGAGUGUCCUAUUCAGUGGCGUACAUACCAGGGUCGCAGGGGUCACGGCUGCGACCGGGCCCGGCCCACCAAGGGGCCCGGCCGCCCCUGCGACUCGGUAUGUAGCCACAGGGCCAGCCUAUUCCCCUGGGGGGCCCAGGAGCCGGCCACCUCAGGGCCCCCCCGAGCCUGGCCCUGCUGACCCCAGCGGGCAGGUGGCCGGUCGGGCAGGCGGGCGCGCGAGCGCGCGAGGGAGCACUCAGUGCUUCCUCUUCAGCUCCCUCGCGCACCGCACUGAUGACGGAGCAGGAAGAUGACGUCAUCUUCCGGCGCCGGCAUCCCUACGCGGUGCGCGAGGGAGCUGAAGAGGGAGCACACAAGGGAAAGUGCUCCCUCGCACGCCCGGCCAGGCAGCCCGCCCACCCAGUGACCAGGAGCCCAGCAGCACCACUGGACCCCAGGGAAUCCCCCCAGCACUCCAAAAGGUAAGGAGGCUGGGGGGGAUUAAAUUUGAAAAAAAAAAAAAUGUGUGUGUUAGAGUGUGUGUGUUAGUGUGUGUGUGUGUUAGUGUAUGUUAGUGUGUGUGUUAGUGUGUGUGUCAGUGAAUGUGUCUGUUAUUGGGUGUGUGUCUGCUAGUGAGUGUGUUACUGUGUGUGUCUGUUACUGAGUGUGUUUGAUGUCUGUUAGUGAGUGUUAGUCUGUUAGUAUUUUGUGUUUGUCAGUGAAAGUGUAUGUUUUGUAAGUGAGUGUGUAUGUAUGUCUGUCGCUGAGUGUGUCUCUGUCAGUAAAUGUGUGUGUCUGUUAGCUAGUGUGUAUGCGUCUGUUCGUGAGAGUGUGUGUGUGUGUCUUCAGCAUUUACCUUUCUCCAGCGUCGGACUCCCCAGUGUCCGCCACUCAGCUCCGAAAUGCACAUGCGCGGCAAGAGGCGCGCGCGCAUUUAAACCGCCCAUAGGAAAGCAUUACUCAAUGCUUUCCUAUGGACGUUCAGUGUCUUCUCACUGUGAUUUUCACAGUGAGAAUCGCGGAAGCUCCUCUAGCAGCUGUCAAUGAGACAGCCACCAGAGGCUGGAUUAACCCUCAGUGAAACAUAGCCGUUUCUCUGAAACGGCUAUGUUUUCAGCUGCAGGGUUAAAACUAGAGGGACCUGGCACCCAGACCACUUCAUUAAGCUGAUGUGAUCUGGGUGUCUGUAGUGGUCCUUUAAGUGUGUGUGCAUACCGCGGUCGCAGGGUCGCAGCCCUGCAACCCCUGCGACCAGGUGCCCGCCACCAUGUGUUGCGACCCCGACCCGCGCCGAGUAAGCGCGCGGGGGGGGGGGCACGGAUCAAUUUUUGCACCGGGGCCCCGUGGGUCAUGUGUACGCCACUGGUCCUAUUUUUAAUUUUAUAAAAAGUGUAGAUUUCUCCUGGAUGCCAUUUGGACAAUCAGUUACAAUCCUGUUACUUCCUGGUUUGCUUAGCUCAGUGGAGCUAAACUCAAAAGGUAGGGAAUAGCCCAAAGCACAUGUCUUGCAAUGCCUUCUCGGUGGGCUGCAUUAGGAAGUCUGUGAUUGGACAGCCACAGAUAGUCUUGGCUGUAUUAGAAGGGGAAGGCUUGAAAAACCUGUUGACAAUAGGUCUGCCGCUUUUGCAGGUUGUUUUGAAACAAACCCCAGUGAAAAAAAUGCAUAAUUAAAUUCAUGCAUAUUUUCAUUUGACGUAUAUCUUCUAAAAAGUGAAUUUUAAUUAUUUUUGUAUCUGGGCAGUGGAGUGAUUAUUUAAUGGCAAUAUUAAUAUUUAUCUGACAUUCUCAACCAAUCACUGCCCAUGGGAAAUUACACAACCUUGCCUUAUUGUCAUGGAAGCUGGGCUUCAGGGUGAUGGGGGCCGAGAAUUUGUACUGAAUGGGAAGUAAAUUGUUUAGUAGUAAUGCAGGGUCAGGGACUCCAGACACACUUCUGUUGAAGUAGUUAUGGUGCCCAAAGUCUUCCUUCUAGGCCAGGUAUAGCAUUUGAAAGUAUGUGAAUGCUGUUGCUCUUGCAAAUAUUUUAAUGAAAUGGCAUCGCCAUGCGUUGCCAUGGCAUACAUCACCUGGUCAAUGCUGGAUGUUUCUCAGGGCAAUUUAAGACUAGAACAAAAACUAAUACACAGGUCUGCUAGCAAUUAUGACCAAAACAUGAAUAAAUCUAAAUGUUAAGUAUGAAUGAAUAUGAGUGUGUAAAGGUUAUUUCAUAAGCCGAAAAUUAUAAAAAUCCAGGGACGAUGAACUUAGUCUUACCAAGAAAACAUUUUCUAAAAUGUAAUCUAAAAAUGUAAUGCUUUAAUUACCCAGGUGAACAUAUGAGUGUUAAGGAUCCAAAUUAAAGUUAUAAUAGUUUAUUUUAAAAAUUAGUCUGUAAAUGAAGGGAUAAAAAUAGAUUUAUUUUUUUAAUCCACUUCUUACAGCUCAAAUAUUGUGCCUCUGUUUUGAAUGUGAUAUCGCAAAAAGAAAUAAGGAAUAUAUUUUUCCAUUAGAAUUAAUAUAUACUGCGUAGAGAUGACUAAUUAUAUGAUUCCAUAUUUUUCUGCAGACAGACCUUGCAUGGAAAAUGAAUGUUUUUAGAAAAGGAAUUCAUAAUCUUCACCAAGUUUUAAAACACAACAUCUCUUAUUCCCAUAAUGUCACACUCGUCAAGGAAAACCUGAACUACGUGACUAAUAACUGCCCACCACUAGUGAGUAUUAAAUACAUUUUAUAUUAAUAGUGCGCAGGAUCUUUAUACCGCUCAUCAACAAAGCAAUAUUUUUUGUUUUUAAAACCAUUUUAUUUCUAAACUUAAAUGUUUGAUCAGUCAAGUUGGUAACAAAAAUAUAUAUGAGCGCACUUGCAGGAUUUAAUUGGUGCUUUCAUUGAUGCAAAUUCAUGAAAACAAUUGUCCAGCCUGGACUUUUUUUAAACACCAAGUUACAAAGUGAAAAGUAAGUUCAAAUAGGUAAGAAUGUGAUUUAAUUUGAGACUGUAAAAAUGAGCAUAUACAACCAAUAGGCAUCAAGGCAUUAUUAAAGGACCACUAUAGUGCCAGGAAAACAAACUCGUUUUCCUGGCACUAUAGUGUUAAUAGGUACCCCCCACACUCGGGGUCCCACUCCCGCCAGGCUCUAGGGGUAGGAAGGGGUUAAACACUUACCUUUCUCCAGCGCCGGGCUCCCUUGGCGCUGGGGACUAUCCUCCUCCUUCCGACGUCAUCGGAUGAAUGCGAAUGCGCGGCAAGUGCAGCGCGCACAUUCAGUCAGUCCAUAGGAAAGCAUUUCUCAAUGCUUUCCUAUGGACAUCCAGCAUCUUCUCACUGUGAUUUUCACAGUGAGAAGCGCGGAAGCGCCUCUAGCGGCUGUCAAUGAGACAGCCACUAGAAGCUGGAUUAACCCAUAGGUAAACAUAGCAUUUUCUCUGAAACUCCAUCCACCAAAAAAGAGGGAGGGGAAAAAAAAAAAACUAAAUGAAAUUCGAACUGAACACGUUUCACAUCAUUAUUGGAUGCUUUCUCAACAUCAACACUGACAAAACGUCUAGUAGUGACAUGAUAAAGUGUUCAGUUCCCUGUUUCAUUUAGUUUGGGGGUGUACAUUUGUCCCACCCACUUUUUUUGAUGCCCAAUGCAGAAAUUCAUUAGCUGCAAUUCCUAUAACUGUUGCUUAUUAUGGUGAGCAGGGCCGCCAUCAGAAAAUUUGGGGCCCAUGACAAAGCACAAGGUCUGGGCCCCCCCCCCCCUCCUCGCGGGCCCGCCCACGCCCUACCUAGUCCGCUCACAAUGAUGCAGGACUGAAUGUGGUGUGUGUAUAGUGGAAGUGAAUUAGAAUGUGUGUAAUGGAUGUAGUGUUUGUGUGUAUUAGAUACUGUUUGUGCAAUGAAUGCAGAGUGUGUGUUUGUGUAGCGGAUGCAGUGUGUAUAGUGAACGCAGAGUGUUUUUGAGUAGUGGAUGUAGUGUGUGUACAGUGAUGUAGUGUGUGUACAGUGAUGUAGUGUGUGUUUGUGUAGUGGAUGUAGUGUUUGUAUGUACUAGAUGAAAUGUGUUUAGUGGAUGCAGUGUCUGUAGUGUGUGUAUUAGACGCAGUGUCUGUGUAUAGUGAAUGCAGAGUGUUUCAAUUUGUGGUGGAUGUAGUGUGUGUACUGUGAAUACAGGAUGUUUGUGUAGUGGAUGCUGUGUGUACAGUUAAUGCAGAGUGUAUGUUAGUGUAGUGAAUGCAGAGUGUGUGUCAGUAUAGUGAAUCCAGAGUGUGUGCAUAGUUUAGUGAAUGCAGAGUGUGUGUUAGUGUGUAAUGAAUGCAGAGUGUAUGUUAGUGUGUAGUGAAUGCAGAGUGCGUCAGUGUAAUGAAUGUAGUGUGUGUGUUAGUGCAGUGAAUGCAUAGUGUGUGUAAAUUUGUAGUGAAUGCAGAGAGUGUGUUAGUAUGUAGCGGAUGCAGAGUGUGUGUUAGUGUAGUGAAUGCAGUGUUAAUGUGUAGUGAAUGCAGAGAGUGUGUUAGUGUGUAGCAGAGGCAGAGUGUGUGUUAGUGUAACGGAUGCAGAGUGUGUGUUAAUGUAGCGGAUGCAGUGUGUGUUGCGUUAGUGUAUGCUGUGUGUGUGUUAGUGUAUGCAGUGUGUGUGUGUUAGUGUAUGCAGUGUGUUGUGUUAGUGUAUGCAGUGUGUGUGUGUGUUAGUGUAUGCAGUGUGUGUGUUAAUGUAUGCAGUGUGUGUUGUGUUAGUGUAUGCAGUGUGUGUAUGUGUGUGUCAGUGUAUGCAGUGUGUGUGUUGUGUUAGUGUAUGCAGUGUGUGUGUGUUGUGUUAGUGAAUGCAGUGUAUGUGUGUGUUAUUGUAUGCAGUGUGUGUGUUGUGUUAUUGUAUGCAGUGUGUGUGUUAGUGUAUGCAGUGUGUGUUGUGUUAGUGAAUGCAGUGUAUGUGUGUGUUAUUGUAUGCAGUGUGUGUUGUGUUAGUGUAUGCAGUGUGUGUUGUGUUAGUGAAUGCAGUGUAUGUGUGUGUUAUUGUAUGCAGUGUGUGUGUUGUGUUAGUGUAUGCAGUGUAACCAGCGCCAAGCAGAACAACUAGAGCUGCGGAUGCCGUUAUUGGGAAACCAGCCCUCAGAGGAAUGGGUAAGCGAACUGGAGACGCUAGUUGAGACUGAGGUGUGGCUGGAUGAUUCCUAUCGGGCCCUGCGGUGGCAUGUUUACCACCUCUACCCAUGGCUGCUUGAGUACAAGUGUAUUGAGGGGGAAGACUACGAUGGCCCUGGUUUGUUGUGGGAUACUAUUGAAACUAGUCUCUGGUUCGGAGACACCGACAUUGCUCGCUUCUGGUCCAUCCGAGCUGAGCGGGCAGACAACUGGGACCUUACAGAGAUCGAUGCCAUUCAGCCAGAUCUAUCUUUUCUUGCCAACCGAGAGUGGGAACUAGAACAGGAUUAUGUUUGCCUAUUCCAACGUAUAACGCCGCCUGUCUUUGACAUGAUGGGGCUUAUUGACUGUAUACCACCGGAAGCAUUGAGUUUAGUUCCUCCUCCCCAGCAACCAAGCCUGUUAUCAGGAGACUUUGGUACUGUACCACAUAUGUCCCAACCAGCCCCAGAGAUGGAAGACCUUAUUGACUUGUCCUGGGAAGACACCCAGCUGGCAGGUGGGAAUGGGACCGAGGUCUCUCUACAGGCCCUACAGGGAUGCUGGGCAGUCAGCCCAGAUCCCCAGCGGCAGUAUGUAUCCCAGGGAGCUGAAGGUGCUGUACUUCCUCCCCAGCGGCAGUGUGUCCUGCAGGAAGCGGAGACAGUCGGUCUCGCUCCCCAGCAGCAGGGCAAUAUAUUAAAAGGGGAGACAGUUGGUCCCCCUCUCCAACAGCAGAGAGUGUUCCAGGGAGAGGAACCGGUUAUCACCUCUCCCCAGCAACAGGACAAAUUAUUGAAAGGGGAGACAGUCGGUCUCCCCCUCCAACAGCAGAGAGAGUGUCAGGGAGAGGAGCUUGUUAUCACCUCUCCCCAGCGGCAGUGUGUAUCCCAGGGAGCUGAAGGUGCAGUCCUUCCUCCCCAGCGGCAGUGUGUACCCCAGGGAGCUGAAGGUGCAGUCCUUCCUCCCCAGCGGCUGAAGGUGCCGUCCUUCCUCCCCAGCGGCAGAGUGUCCUGCAGGGCGCAGAGACCGUCAGUCCCGCACCCCAACCACAGGACAAAAUAAUGAAAGGGGAGACAGCUGGUCCCCCUCUCCACCAGCAGAGAGAGUGUCAGGGAGAGGAGCCUGAUACCCCCUCUCCCCAGCGGCAGUUUACAGUUCAGAGAGAGGAGCUUGUUACACCCUCUCUCCAGCGGCAGCCUAACCCAGCAAGGGGAGAUGUUACACCCCCCAACAGUGCAGAUGGGACUGUAGUCUCUGCACUUACAGCACAAGGGGUAGGGACAGUCGGUCCUGUUCCCCAGCCACAGAGCGGUGUAUCCAGAGGGGAGACAGUCGGUCUCUCCCUCCCACAACCAGGCUCACACCAGGCUACUUCUGUGGUAGCACUGGCAUCAGGGCAGAGUACCGCUGGUCUCUGCCCACUCAGCAACCCACCAAGGCAGCCUAACAGUUGCCCACACAGUCGUGGUGAGGCACCUGGACAUGGACAAAGUUCUCCUCUACCCAGGUGUAGUAACCAGUUAUUGUGGGUGGGCUGUACUGCUGUUUCUGUUUUGUGGGUGGGUUGCUGGACUAACCAGGGCACUGACCAGCAGGAGGUCAGAUACCAUGUUAGUCUAGUUGGUAAAGGGGAGAAGUGUGGCGAAACCAACCUCGCCACUGUGAACUGGAGAAGCCUGGUUGCUCGCCUGCUCCCUUUGGACUAUGGCCCUGCAGGUUAAACCGUUUAUUUCCCCUGCAGAAAGGCUUAUUUGUGUGAUCUGAGUGCCAUUCAUCUAAUAAUGUGCACUCAGAUCCCAGCUAUCUGGGGAUAUGUGAAAUGUCUGUGUGUUAUGUGUAAAUGUGACUUUAUGUAUUUUAAAGUGUUUUGUGUCUUUUUGCAACCAUGUGCUUAAUGGAGUCUUGUGUCUAUCCUGGGAGAUAAUUGAAUUACUCUCCAGGAUAGAAGACUCUGAAACUGGUUUGGGCCAGAAAGCCAUGCUUCAUUUAGUCACAAAGGACUUUCCCUUAACUUUUGAACCCCUGGUCUGAUUCGUGCCAUUUUUAAUAUGUUGUUCCCCUGAAUGGAUUGAUUAUGAAAAUGUAUGUUUUAUGUUUGUGACAUGUAUAUUUUAGAAGUUAUAAAUAUUGUGUAAAAACUGUAUUCCUCUGCCGGUGAUAAUGAGAUUACCCAUUGUGUUCAGUAAUCAUAUCACCUGCAGAGGGGAGGAUUUUGUGUGGGAGUGUCUGGGUGUAUUGUACGGAUUGAUUGGUUGUUUUGUAACGCCCUGUGGGCUGUACUAUGUUUGUGGAUUGGGAAUAAAAGAGACUGUAUGUGACAGUACAGAGGGUUCCUGUUUUAACCCUCAAAGUGAAGUGUCGUCUCAUUAUUGGGGGAAGGAUUCAUUGUAUGCUGUUCCAGUUUGACUGCUAGGAGAGUAAACCUAUUCGUAUGGUUCCUAUUCAACUGUCUACAGCAUUCAUAUGCUUGAGAGAAGGUAUACGCUUCUCCGGUUCGGUGGUUGUGGUGUCUGCUGCAGUGCUUGGAGUCCUCAGGAAGCGCUAGGAGCAUCCUUUAACGGAGGUACCCAGUCGGGGUGCCAGGCGAUCCGUUACAGGUGUAUUAAGUUGCUAGGAUAGGACCUGCCAAAAAUGACUUAUGCAAUAUAUGAUAAUAUACUGUGAUUAAAUGCCCAUUACUUUUAUCUGGGUUAUGUGUUUUUAAAGAAGAUUAUUGCAUUCUGUGAGCUUUGAAAUUGCCUUCUAGUGAAUGAGUGAGUGCAUUGGAUGUGGUAUGUUGUAUUAGCAGCACCCUUAUAAUGUAUGCAGACUCAGGUAAGUACAGCUUGUUUGGUAUGUGUAUAUAUAUAUUAUAUAUGAAGUCAUGGGAAAAUCAUGCUUCUGCCUCAUUCUGAGACCCCUAGUAUCCCUCUGGCUCUGGCUCUAUGAAUAUGUGUGCAAGAUUUGUGAAUGGACAGAUGCAAAGAAUAGAAAAAACAAAUUGCAAAGGGGGUGACACGGAUCCCGCACCCACCAACACCCUUAGUUUUACACAGUGUCUUGACCUUCACACUCCUCUUUAGCCAAGUACUCGAACCAGAGUUGCCAACAAUCUGCAUGUUGGAUGUUCACCCCAAUGAGGGUGGCAUGUAAUGCCUUGGCUGCCUGUAUCUCUUCAAGUCUGUGGAAGCAUUGCUUCUUUAUGGGAUCCUGUGCCUGUCUCCAUAGGGCAGGUACUAGAGCUUUCACAGCAUUGAGCAGGUGUCGCAAGGUAGAUUUUUUGUAUUUUGUAAAUAGCAUGGGAGUUAGGUGCAGCAGCAUCUCUUCUGUCCCGAAGGGUAAUGCGGCACGGAUAUGUCAGUAAUAGCCCCAUAUGCCAAAAAGGAACUAUUUUAGGGCACUUCUACCAAAUAUGAAUGAUCAUCCCCUUAACUUCCUGGCACCUCCUACAUGUGGAUGGGAAUGUCAGAAUUUUUUUCUAAAGCAGUACUGGUGUCCUGUACCAGAAUGAAAGGAGUUUGUAGUUCACCUCCUGGUACUUAGAGCUGCUCAAGCGUUUAUUAUUAUUAUUAUUAUUAUUAAUAUUUUAUUAUUUAUAUAGCUCCAUCAGAUUCCGUAGCGCUGUACAAUGGGUGGACUAACAGACAUGUAAUUCUAACCAGACAACUGGACGUACAGGAACAGAGAGGUGGAGGGCCCUGCUCAAUAAGCUUACAUUCUAGAGGGAGUGGGGUAUAGUGACAUAAAGGGUAAAAGUAGGAAUACGAAGUAGGUUGUUAGAAAAGUAUUCACUGAGGGCUUAGUAGGUAAUUUAUGACAGUUGCAUUAGAGGAGUCAUGGAGGGUAGGGGAUAAAAACCUGCUAACAGUUUAAUUGAUAUGCUUUCUUGAAGAAGUGAGUUUUCAAUUAUUUUUUUGAAUUAGUGGAGACUGGGUGAAAGACUUACGGAGAAGGGAAGGGAGUUCCACAGAAGAGGUGCAACCCUGGAUAAGUCUUGGAUGCGAGCUUUAGAGGUGGGAGUAUGGACAGAGGAUAUACGUAGGUCUUUGGCAGAGCGUAGGGGCCUCGACGGGACAUACUUGUGUAUUAGAAAAGAUAGGCAGGUUGGAGCAGCAUUAUGUAGGGACUUGUAAGCAAGCACCAGAAUUUUAAAUUGAGCCCUAUAUCUAACUAGAAGCCAAUGCAGGGACUGACAGAGAGGGGAGGCGUAAGAUGUGCGAGCAGACAGGAAAUGAGCCUUGCCGCUGCAUUCAUUAUAGCUUGCAAUGGUGCAAUCUGGGAACAUGUAAGACCACUGAGAAGAGUAUUGCAGUAGUCCAGGCGAGACAGAACAAGAGCUUAACAAUUUGAAUCUGUGUGGAGUCCAAUGGAGCCAAUAUAAGGGAGAAAGCAAAAUGGGACAAGCAUACUAAUAUAGUGUAGUAUGUCUAUAACAGCAGAGGCAGAAGAUAAGUAAAAAAUAUAUUGCACUCACACUUUUCUGGAGCUCAAGAUCAGCUCCAGAUCAUAGCAUAUGGACGGUACAAUCCCCAUCUGUGGAUGUCAGGAUGGUCUUCAUUUCCUCUGGUAUCGUAUCCCUGUGACAAUAGUCCACGUGGUGUAUUCCAGCCGAUGCUCCAGUGAUAUAUAUAGGAUAUAAAAUAACAGGAAUAGUGUUCUCUGUAUUAAUAAAACAAAUAAAAUAAAGAGAAAUAUACUCACAAUGGAUGAGCAAAUUGGGAUUGCUCAGUCCUUUACAGCACAGGUGGUUUGUCCCCCACCCGGGAAUGUGAGAUACAGCUUCUCCAAUAAAAAAUGUCCAAUGAAGGUCCAGGGGUGUAAAUGCAGAUUAUUUUUAUUAAACAAAUAAUAAGUAAGUAACACGCUAACGCGUUUCACAGAAGGCUUUUUCAAAGUGUUACAGAGUAGGGGACCUUCACUCUUAAAUAGCUAAGAAUUUUUUUUUUAAAAACGGUCAUAUGAUGUCACUGAUCAUGUACCCUGAACAUUAAUUAACUUUAAAACAUAAAAUAACACCAAAUAAGCAAAUAAAGAUAAAAGAGAGUUUUGGACAGGUUGAGCUUAAGGAAGUGAGCAGCCAUCCAUUUGGAAAUCGAAGAGAGGCCGUCAGAGACACGAGUCAAGAUGGGCGGAGAGAGAUCAAGAGAGGACAGGUAGAUUUGCGUGUCAUCCACAUAGAAAUGAUAACAGAAGCCAAAGGAGCUGAUGAGUUUACCAAGGGAGGCAGUGUAGAUAGAGAACAGUAGGGGAGCAAGGACAUAACCUUGGGGCACGCCAACAGAGAGUAGUUGGAGGGUUGAGGCAGAGUCAGAGAAAGAAACACUGAAAGGGCGCUGAGAGAGGUAGGAGGAGCACCAGGAGAGAGCAAUAUCCCAUAGACCAAAAUUACAGAGAAUGCGAAGAAGCUGUUGAUGAUCAAAGGCAGCAGAAGGAUCAAGGAGAAUUAGGAUAGAGUAAUGGCUGCGAGAUUUAGCAGCAAUUAAAUCGUUGGAUACUUUGUCCACAGCCAUUUCAACAGAGUGACCAGCGUGGAAUCCAGACUGAAGGGGGUCUAGCAGAGAGUUGGUUUUGAGAAAGUCUGGUGUACACAACUCUUUUGAGGAUCUUGGAGGCAAAUGGCAGUAGCGAGAUAGGGUGGUAGUUUGAUGGGGAGUUGGGGUCAAGGCUGGGCUCUAUGUUGUGAUAAUAAGACUUUUUACCAUUGUGCAUCAGAAAAUGUCCUGCUUUGGUGUUUCUCCCAUUGCCUCUUAAAAGUACUAUUAUUUUCUUUAUCCCUUCACCAAUAAGUGCUGGUAUAGAACCGACAUUGCCUUCUCCAGUUUGGUGCCCCCACUCACAGACCCUCAAACUAGAUAAUCUCUUGAUGCAAUUGAUCUCUAAAUGAUAUCUGAUUGUAAUAGAGUCAUAGUUAAGUAUAGUGGAGUAGGAUCAGGGUAAUCUGCAGCAACCUCCACCAACAAAGCCUCCAGGUCCAGCAAACCUCUGCUGCCUAGUACUCUGUAUAUUGGGAUGACGUCUCCUCCCCCAGGAAGUUCCAAGUUGCCAGGGGCAGCCCCCCCAUAUUGCUAUUAUAUGCCAGUGUCAACAAGGAACUUGGCGUAGGUGAGAGAUGUUUCAUCUCACGCAUCGCUCCCAAUGAACUGAGUGUCUGAUUGACUAAGGAAUCCCUACCCGAGACUCUUCUAGCCGUACUUCCAAAUGCAGUGAUGCCAAUAUCCUGUUGCAUGGCCCAAUUUCAGCCAAACUUGAAUUCAAUGACUGCAAGGUCAUGUGGCUGAAAACCAAGCCCAGAUCAUCUCCCCUCCACCACCAUGCUGGCUGAUAAGCUGUGUUUAGUUUUUGCCAAACAUGUUGCUGUGCAUUAUGGCCAAAAUUUCCACUUCGAUUUUGUCUGUCUAAAGGACAUUGUUCCAGAAGUCUUGUGAUGUGUUCAGAUGCAACUUUGCAAACCUAAACUAUGCUGCCAUGUUAUUUUUAGAAAUAAGAAACUUUCUUCUGGCAACUCUUGAAAACAAACCAUACUUGUUCAGUCUUUUUCUAAUUGUACUAUCAUGAACUUUAACAUUUAACAUGCUAACUGAGGCCUGUAGAGUUUCAGAUGUAACUCUUGGGUUUUUGCCUUCUUUCUUCAUGCAAACACUCCACAGAUUCUUGUCCUGUCGUCCUUACUUAAUUCCCUGGUGUCACUUUUGGGACACCUGGAAACUGUCCCAACAAGCAUAGUGAUAGCACAUCAUUAGACUUGCUUGCACUGAAAUAGUGCUCCCUUCAGGGUCUGCCCUGUUCUGGCCUGUGGGACUGACUGGCAGCCCAGCGGGCAUUCAUGCUAGGCUGACAGGCCAGUUAAUUGGGCAGACAAGCCCGCUUUCCCUUUGGGCUAAGCCAGUGACACAAUGAUGCCACUGGUCCAUCUUCUUUAGCCCCUCUUGCACCAGCAUCCCAAUUCUUGGACUGUCAGAGUUGGGAGGUAUGUACAUGUGCAUACUGCACAUGCUUUGAAAUCAGGAAUCUCGUGUGACACUAUGAGUUGUGUUUUCAUAGUGAGCAUGAAUGAAGCCUAACUCAUUAAAAAAAAACACACUGACCAUACAGUUUAUAGAGCCAAGAAAGAAUAUGGACAUAAAGUCCGAGUACUAACACAGACUCUUCCCCCCCUAGUUACUCAGAUCAGUAAUAUCAAUGAGUUGUGUUGUAAAACAAAACAAAAAAUAAACAGCUGAACAAACUGAACAAACAACAUGAGUCAUUUAAGUUUUAUGUUGAGGUUAUUUUAAGACCUAUAGUGAUCAUUGCUUUGCUAUUUUCCAGGUAACUCUACUGAUAAAUAAGUAAUUCUACUGGUGCUUAACAGCCCAGUAUUUUUCAGCCAAUAAACAAGUUAAAAAAACACCUGGCAUGUUUUCUCCUUAAAAAGGCACAGCAAGAUUAAUUAGUAGGUUUGUACACUGGUCACAUAAAUCAUAAAAACAUCUAAAUGAAUUUCUUAUUAAAUAUGAAUAGAAGCUAAUGUGAUAUGGACAAGAUAAACAAUUUCACAUUCAUUAUGAUCAAAAUACAAGGAUUUAAAAUUUAUUGAAUUUGUUUUAUGUUUUUGUCUUUCAGCAUGGACACGGGACACAUGGCAAAAUAUAUGAUUUUCAGAGAGUUCGUGCAUUUCUCGCUAAUCUAGAUCAUUUUCUAGAAAUACUUUAUAAAGAAAAUACAUGUAACAGUACAACAUUUCAAGAAAAGUGACAGAAUCCUAUUCAAUAUUCCUCUGAAUGCACCUCUUCAGUUACAAACCUAUAUAAUGAGAAGUAAAUUUGAGUUGUAAGCAAAAAAAUUAUAUUCUGCAUAAACAAACUCUAAAAAAUGUACAAUUACUACUGUUUAAUUUAUAUAAGCAAUAUUAUACAUAGAUUAUUUCCAAAAUGUUAAAGGAAUUUUGAAAAAAAACAAGAAAAAAAAAACACUUGCAGGGUUAUUCACUAAACACCGGAUUUUGUCCGGAUUGACAAAAUUCUUUUAAAAUGACUGAAUUCUGCCCCAAAUUGCAAUUCUCAUAUUUACUAAUGCUAAAUCCAGUUGGAAUUUUCUCAAAGCGACCAAAUUUGCAUUGAUCAGUUGGAUGCAUUUGUUGUCCAGUUUUUGCAUCUCAACCCUAUGCAAAGUACAAAGCUCUAAUUUUAAACUAAAUAGGGACCGAGUUCAUCCAGCAAGAUGCACAUUUGAAAAUGAUUGUUUACUGUGAUUAGGCAAGCAAUUGGUAAUUGGAAGUACGGUAAUAAUUGCUUGCUGGCAGUACUAGUCUCCAGUAUGUAAACCAGCAUUGCAAAGGUUAACCAAGUUGCAACUGACCGGAGCUUGGAAGCUAGCUUCCACAUUAAAAACGUUAAUAAACAUUAAAUCUCCAUUAUGCACCCACCCGCCAUGCCAUUUGUGAGGGCAUAACUACUAAAUAUUGAGCAGCCAGAAGUUGCUUACUGUAACUAAAAACUAGAGACUGGGUUGCUAUUGUUGCCAAUUCUCUAGAAAGGCCCCAUUCUAUGUCCCGUUUACAGGCCCCUUCCCAUGCACCUGUCAACAAUAAUGAGGACCUAGCACAAGUGUGCCCCAUGCCCCCUCCCCCCCCAACCUUUAACUGAGGGGGACACUAAACCAAAGGCAGCAAAUGAAUGCUAUUUGAAGUCAAGAAGGCCAUUGGACAUUGCCUUGCUCCAUCACCUAGUCCCCCACCUAUGGGCUUCUGGUGGGGAGAUUUUAAAACAAAUGGGGAAGUGGACAUGCUAAUGUCCACUUGCAACCCAUGAGCUUUAGGUAACGGGCGUUAAUGACAGCCCAAAGUUUUAGCCAGCCCCCAUGACCUGGUGGCUAGGAGUCCUCCAAGCUACUGGCCACCCCCAAUAAAUAACUCAAAUACUGCCUACUUCCAUCACCCUAAUAAUAGUGAAGGUGGCCCAAUAAAUCUAACACCUGCUGAAAGAAAAUAAUGCUUAACUUCACAAGUCUUUCUUAAAGUAACACUAUAGUGCCAGGAAAGCAAACUUGUUCCCUCCCUCCCUCACUCCUUCAGCCACUUACCUUAAUCUUGCGCCAGGCUCCUUCGGCACUGGUGACCUCUCCUCCCCCUGCCGAUACCAGCUCCGAAUGCGCAUGCGCGGCCAGAGCUGCGCACACAUUCAAACCGCCCAUAGGAGAGCAUUACUCAAUGCUUUCCUAUGGACGUCCAGUGUGAGUUCAGAGCGAUUUUCGCAUUGAAGAUCGCGGAAGCGGCCUCUAGUGGAUGUCAGGGAGACAGCCACUAGAGGCUGGAUUAACCCUCAAUGUAAACAUAGCAGUUUCUCUGAAACUGCUAUGUUUUCAGCUGCAGGGUUAAAACUAGGGUGACCUGGCAGAAGUGGUUUGGGUGCCUAUAGUGGUCCUUUAAGUCAUCUUCUUUUCUUCACCCUCCCCCUCCAAAAAAAUAUCCAAACAUUGAAAAUAGAAAAAAUAAAAAAAAUAAAACUGCAGCUGCAACAAAAAUAAAUUCAUGUGAGCUCUGCAAGGGUCCCUGCAGAAUGAGCUCCCAAGACAGAAAAACAUUCAUUAAAUUCAUACAAUUUGAAAUCUCAGUAGAAUGCUCUUGGCUUGUGGGUGAGCGUGGUAGGUAUGGCAAUUUUUAAUUGCGGGCUUGUGGACUCCUAGCCACCAAGUGGGGGGUGUUUGCCCCCUACUUUAGGGGGGUGGACAAUGGGGGUCCACCCCUUCAUUAGAUAUUAAAUAGCCGCACCAGCAGCCAUUGAUUUGCAGCUGAAGGGCAAAGUGAGAUGUCCACUUGCUUAUUAUAUUGGUAGCCCGCACACGUGACAUCCAAAUUCCUUUACUCAAUUGUAAGCCAAUACCUAUGGGUAAAAACACAGGGAGACCUGUUCCAGGUCCCUCUGCUAUUUUAUUGGCAACAUCCCCAUGGCAUCGUUCCAGUUGACUAAUCUCUAGUAUUAAGUUACUGUGAGCAACCACUAUUUAGUAGACAUGUCUUCACCCACACCAUGACAUUUUUAUUCAUAUUAGGGUCAUAUUGACCAAAAUAGGCUUUGUUAUAUAGGCACUUUCUAGCCACUCUAAACUAGCUCUUACACUAGAAGGUUGUUUUUUUUUUUUUUGUUUUUUUUUACUAUUUUACUGCUGGCUGUUCGUGCUGGUAGCAUACAAAUAGUUUGGAUUUUUUAGAUUCAGCCCCUGAUUUUAUGCAUCUGGGUCGAGAUUUCAUCUAUCCAGUAGCUUUUGGGCAGAAUGAAAUAAGCACCAAAGUCAGGUUCAUUUAGAGCAUACUGUGAACAAUGUCUGGCUAUUUCAGUCAGAAUGGCCUGUACAGCAGCAAAUGAUACAUUUGGUGCGGGGCCAUUCACACUUUAGUGAAUAAUGAUCUCAAGCAGAGACUAAAAUAGUCAAGUUACAUAUGAGCUGAAGAACAUUUCCAAAUCAACUAUUUUAGCUUUUCAGAGUUGAGUGACUAACAUUUACUAUAUACUCCCUACACUCACACAUUUUGUAUUAAGCCACUAAUUAUACAAUGAGAGAUGCUUAGUUUCAAAAUAAAACAAAACAGCUUUCUUCAAUCAGUUUGUAUUGAAAAGAAGCAGAAAUUCUUGAUAAAUUGAUCUCCAGUCUGGUUUCAGCUUUUAGCUUUAAGCAGUACAAGCUAUUUUUUCAAAUAUCCAGGGUAUUUUUAGAAAUAGAUUUUAUACAGCAUCACAACAUAUUUUACCGUUUAAGAAGCAAAUGCAUUUUUGCUUAAAUAUUAUACCUUUUGAGGCGCAGUUAUUUAGUUGUAUGCUCUUAACCUGAAUAAAUGUCAAUAGAAAAUAUAUUCAAAUGUACUAAAUUAGCAACAACAAAAAAAAAUGGAAAAAGGGCAAGAAACUUCCCUUUAUUUUAUCUUAUUAGCCAAAUAAAACAUAGGGACUCAUGA